AAUGAAGUCACAUGGCUGUAAAAUCCAAUUUAAUGUGUAGCAUAUUAAAUGAGAUGGUGCUUGGGCUAGCUUGAUCAUUUCUUGUAUUUGCACUGAUCACAUAAGGAUUCGUCUUUGUGGCAACACAUUAGUAAAUAAAAGUCUGCUUGCAUUGAAUUUGGCGGCAUUCAAAGAAAAUGCAGUUACCUGUAAUGAGAAAAUAAAAGAUGAAUUGCCUGUAUGGUUGUAUUGCUGACUGGUAAAUACAUCAUCCUCAGUCAUUGUUAAGGCUCUGGACCAUGUGUUUUUUCCUGCAAAGUGUCACAACUAAAGGAACACUUGUAGGAAGUCUUGCAGGGACGCAGGGUGGAGGGCUGGAGCCAGAGAGUAAAUCAAUGGAUUAGUGUGCGUCAGUCUCUGCUGGCCUUUGAAAGGCUGAGUCCAAGGUUCCUCCAUAGGGAAGUAUUAGAUUAGAGCUGUUGGUGGUGAUUUUGUAAUAUUGCAUCAAGAUUAUUAUGUGCUCCUUUUUCCAGAAGACGGUGACAGCUUUAUGCCGUGACAGAACAACGGUCACUGUUGGUGAUCUGUCAGCGUUUAAGGACUAAGGGAGACUGUCGGGCUGCUUCAACUUGGCUAAUCAGAAAUGGGAUGCGUCAUAACUGGCGUUUGGAGAGACGUCUGCUUUGGACUCUUGGUUGGCGGAAGGCGCAGUGAUGUCAUACUGUGAUGAGCCUCGUCCCCAAAAAUGGAUGUGCUGUAGGUCCUGCUAGAGAUGUCCUGGUAUCCCGCCACAAUUCAAACAAGUGAGUGGGGGGAGGGAGGGAUUAAAUGGUGUUAAUAACGGAGGAAGAAGCUGGAAAACUUCGGGAGAAUGGAGUUGCUGGAAGAGGAGCCGGUGGACCAAACAAAGAGGUUGGAGCAACGCCUGUCAUGUCCAUCACUGAUCUCGACAAGGAUGGUGACGACAGUGAGGAACCAGGAGAAUAUGACCAGGUGGAACCUGAUUACACGCGGAAUUACUGGGAGGAUGAGGAUGAUAUCUACCAGGAGUUUGAGGAAUUGGACUUUGAGGCCCUGUCGGAUAACUUGGACACAAGGAGCAUCGCCUCCGACGAUUCCUUCUACCCCAUCGACAGUUCAGUCGGGUCUGGCAGUCUUCGCUCAGCCAGCCCGGAGCCUAUCUCCUUCUUUAAGGCCUGCUGCAACAACAACGCCAUCAUCGUCAAGAUUAUGAUUAGGCAAGGAGUGACCGAGGAGGAAGUGAAGGAGACAGACAGGAACAGAAGAUCUGCACUGAUCGUAGCUUGUUACCAUGGCUAUGUGGAUGUGGUCAUCGCCCUCGCUCAGUGCCCUUAUAUUGACGUCAACUGGCAGGAUAAUGAGGGUAACACUGCCCUGAUCACUGCAGCACAAGCAGGUCACCUGAUCAUCUCUUACUACCUGCUGAACUACUUUCCCGGACUGGAUAUCGAGAGGCGGAACUGUCACGGCUUCACAGCUUUAAUGAAGGCUGCAAUGCAGGGUCGGGCCGACUGCUGUAGAAUGCUCAUUAUGACCGGAGGUGAUGUCCAAGCCCGGGACAGCGGCCGCAUGAUGACGCCCAGGGAGUGGGCUCUCUUCACGGGCCGCUAUGAGACAGCCUACCUGAUGUAUCAGCUCAUGCUGAAGCCAAGUGCUGAACAGUUCUGUGACUCCUUCAACCUGGAGUGGCCUAUGCUGGAGGAUUUGGUUGCCCAAGCUCAGGAACCAAAGUCCUGCUGGAAGCGUUUCAUCAACCUUCUGUCCUGUUGGCCUUACAGAUUUUACCUUAACAACAAGGUAGACCCUGUGGAUGACGGUGUUCUAGAACACAUGGUCAGAAUUACUACCGGUCUAAGCAGUCCAUUUAUUGCGACAGCCUGCCGAACAGUGUGCCCGGGAAGCCCUCCGUGCAUUGGGAAACGGCGUUAUGCGGUGCAGGAAAUUCUCAGGAGACAACGCUUGGCAGAGCUUAAGCACCUUGGCCCGGACAGACUGAACCACUACAAGAAAUUUUUCCAGAAUUCACGCGUCCUCCUCAUCCCCAAGGCGAGGGAUCGGAGGGCCAGCCUCCAACCUCAGCUGCUGACCGACAUGGCUGCGGCAUCCACGGUGGCCAUGAGGCGGGCGAGUCUGCUGCCGCUUCAUUUGUUGAGGAGAAGCAGUGUGCGACCAGGCAUCGUCAUACCAAAGGUGAGGCUCUGCAAGGCCCCAGCGCCUUCGUUCAUACCAGAAAAUCUCAAAAAGACACAGAACUAUCAUCACCUUCAAAUCCCAAAGUGGGACUACAAAAUGAAGAGAAUAGAGAGAAGGAAGGAGGAGAGACAAAGAAUGUUACCGCUGACAAGGAGAAGAUGACAACAUCUCAACCACUGUGUACUGUAGACCAGAUUCACCUGAAGAAGUGACUAUUUCUCUUCUUUAUGUGAUGCUGACAUUGUUGCCUUGUUGCUACUUCAUGUGUUCACCCAACGUCUUUCUCUGCCUGACCUAUGAUGAGUCAUCCGUGCAUAAUAAAUGGUGAAUGAACUUACUUGACCGCGGCGUGAAUCCUGACAGUUGACUCCAACAGAACAUGGCCAUUGUGCAGUUCAUCUAAAUAAAAGGUCUCUUCCCAGAUACCGUGCUGAAUUUGACGAAGAGCAGUGCUUUCUUUGUAUGCACAUUACAGGCUGCAAGACCGGAGAAUGAAAUGGUGUAUUGAAAUAAGUAUGCAAGUAUGAGUACACCAUGCAUUGCCAUAACAUUGACUAGUCCAGGAAAGUGGUACCUCAGUUUUCAUACGCCCCACUUUUCAUACCAUUUGGUUUUCAACCAAAAAUUUUCCCCCAGUUUUUGCAUAACGCUUUUACUUUAUUGAGUACGUCUGCGAACUAACCCGCCAUGGGGCCAAAGAAAAACUUUGAUAAAGAAUGUAAGACUUGCAGCAAAGUACAAAGGUACAUCUCCCCUCCACUUCUCCUUCCCCACUCCUUCUUGUCUUCGCCAGCAGCAGUCUUCAAUAAAGCUAAAAGUGAUGUCCUGCAUAAAAUGUGUUUUUGUUCAUAUUUUUUGGGUGUCUGUAACAAAUAAAUUUGAUUUGCUUUAUUUUUUAUGGGAAUAAAUUGUUUGGAUUUUCAUGCGAUUGGGUUUUUGUUGGACCAAAAACCGCAGUAGCAUUGUUCUUACAUCAACAGGGGAAAUCAUUAUUUGUUGCUGCUGAUUUUGGAACUUUACCCCUUUGCAUGAACAGUCCAUAGUUUUUGUAGUAGGUUUAUUUGAACAGAAAGUGGUCCAAAAUAAAGGUUAUGAAUGAAUAUGUA